AUGUCAGGCGAACAAAUAGUGUCCGAUAUCAUCACUAUUAUCAAUGAUGGCUUAAACAUUGGAAGUUUUAAAUUUGCGGACAUUGCUGAUAAGCUUCUCCUUAUCGCUGGAUGCGGGGCAUUUCUGAAAGACAUGAUUGGAAUUCUCCAUCCAGACCGCCCGGAUCCAGUUAUGCUCAUGUUAUUCGAAUUGGAUCGGAAAAUCAAUCAACUCUCGGAUAAGAUGUCCUGGGAGUUUGAUAGUUUGAAAGCGUUCAUUGUGGAGAACGAGUUUUAUGCGGACCUCGCUCAAACUGCUUCCACUUUGAUGAAGUUCAUGCAGGACACUAUCAAUAAUCCUUGCGAUGAUAGUUAUGGGAUUUUUAGAGAUAUCUCUCAGAGAACGCCACCGCUACAGUACGCUUAUCUCUUCUUGGAAACCUACAUCAAUGGAAUGUUCUGGAACAAGAACAUGUAUGGUCCAAACCAGUUGAAAUCUCGAAUCGAGGCAUUGAACAAAAACAUGGACCAAUGGAGAGAAGACUACAAGAAUUCUUAUUGGGGAGAUAUCGUGGAGCGUCUGGUUUAUGACACCCAAGAUAACAAUACCCAUGUGGGGAAUGAGGAGAAGGCGCAGAUUCUUCAGAAUUCUCUGGGUGCUGUGUUGACUGAUGACUCAUUCUACGUGAUGGUCUACAAUGAAUGUGUUGGAUAUGAGAGUCACGCAUUCUAUGGAGUAUCCGAUCAAUACUUUGUGUCAUUUCGUCGUGGAUCUUGCAAUGUGGCAAUCUACCGUAGUCUAUCGUACAAUAGAGCCGGGGAAGCGGCUCAGAAGCAGAUUGAGUUCGAUGUGGAGUCAUGUAAAUAUAAUACGAUUGUGGGCGUUCAAAGCAACAAAGAAGUGACAAAAUGGCUGAUGAAUAAUCGUAUUGGAAACUGUAGAUUUGUUGCGAUGAUUGAUGCAGACUUGAAUGUGAAGAUUCGAGGAGUCAAUACUCCUGGACAUGAGUGGGGACCAGGGUGGUGGAUUACUGUACAGCCAAUGGUUCGAGCGGUUAAUUAUCGUUUGAUUGCUGGAUUUAAUUGA